GCUGCACCUUCCAAAUUCCGACUCGCCGUCGUCCUGAUUCGCACCAUCCUUGAGCUCUGCCGCUGGUCCAUUCCAGCCCAUCAACCCGUUCAAGAGCAUCCUUCACCCGCUCAGCGAUAUUCCCCAUUUCAUCCAACUGCACCGAUGGUCUCUCAGGAUUGUGGUGCCUGCAACAAGGUGGUCUACCAGACCGAAAAAGUCGAGGCUGCUGGCCACUGGUAUCAUAAGGGCUGCUUCAAGUGCGCGGACGCAGAAUGCGGUAUUUCUCUGAACCUCAAGAACUUCAAGGCAGCCAACGGCGCCGUUUGGUGUGAGAAGCACCUCCCCAAGCCCAAAGCCACCACAGUCAGCGACUCGGUCUCGGUGAUGCAUGCCUUGCAUGCCCCGAAGAAGACCACGGAAGGGCUGCACAAGACCCAAGUCGGAACCGGCGAGGCGCCGUCCUUUGGCUUGGACACGAUAUCGACCCAGCAUGCACUCGCCGCCCCCAAGAAGCCAAUCGAAAACAUUGGCAAUAUCCAGAAGGGCGCCGGCCAAGACGACCCGUCGCAAGCCCCGGCAACCAAAGUCUGAGCCUCCGCCCCGGCUUGAUUCCCUGGGACUAUCGGCAUCGACACCGGCGCUCUGGUGCAUCAGAGCCACGGUCUGCAUUCGGAGUGCGUGUCGGACCUGCUUGUGUGGAUGGAGUCGCAGCGAAC